CCGGUCACCAGGCAGCGCCGUGCGGGCGUGGCCAUCCGGCUCCCCGCGGCCAUGGCUUCCGCGGCCGCCAGUCCCCCCGAGGUGGUCCGCGCGGCCCAGAAGGACGACUACUACCGCGGCGGGUUGCGGAGCGCGGCGGGCAGCGCCCUGCACAGCCUGGCGGGCGCCAGGAAGUGGCUGGAGUGGCGGAAGGAGCUCGAGCUGCUGUCGGACGUGGCCUACUUCGGCCUCACCACGCUGGCAGGCUACCAGACCCUCGGCGAGGAGUACGUGGGGCUCAUCCAGGUGGACCCGUCCCGGAGGCAGGUGCCCCUGAGGUGGCGCCGCGGCGUGCUGGUCGCGCUGCACACGGUCCUGCCCUACGUGCUGGACAAGGCCCUGCUCCACCUGGAGCAGGAGCUGCAGGCCGAUGGCAACGCCGCCCGCCCGGCGCCCGGCAGCCUGGCACCCAGCGCGAGAGGCCGGUCGGGAGCCAGGCGCUGGGUGCACAGGCAGGUGGCGGCCCUGCCGGAGCCGCAGAGGAAGGCGCUGCUGAGGGCCGUGCUGGUGUUCAGGCAGGGCCUGGGCUGCCUCCACCGGCUGCACGUCGCCUGGUUCUACAUCCACGGCGCCUUCUACCACCUGGCCAAGAGGCUCACCGGAGUCACCUAUCUCCGCCUCCACCGCCCGCCUGCAGAGGACCUGAGGGCCCGGGCGAGCUACCGGCUGCUGGGCCUGGUCUCCCUGCUGCACCUGGUGCUGUCCCUGGGCCUGCAGCUCUACGGCUUCCGCCAGAGGCAGCGCGCCCAGCGGGAGUGGAAGCUGCACCGCAGGCUGUCUCACCGCAGGAGCCUCACGGAGGAGAGAGCGGUGUCCCGGACCUCGCUGUGCACCCUGUGCCUGGAGGAGCGCAGGCACUCGACGGCCACGCCCUGCGGCCACCUGUUCUGCUGGGAGUGCAUCACCCAGUGGUGCGACACCAAGACGGAGUGUCCCCUGUGCCGGGAGAGGUUCCCUCCCCAGAAGCUGGUCUACCUGCGGCACUUCCGGUGACAGGACAGACGGAUGGAGCCACCGGCAGCCGCCUGUCAGGAGAGACAAUGAAUUCUGACAAACUUGCACAGAAACCGUAAAAUCCUCUGAUUUUAUAUUUUUUGUCACGAGAUGCUGCGCCAGCAGCUCAGGAGGACAAGCUGGGCGGCUGGUCCAAGGCUCCCGGCCAGGUUCGGACAGGGGCUCCGCUCAGCUCAGUUCCCGCCGGCCCCAUGGCACCCCCCUCACCCCGCAGUGCCAGGCGGUGGCUCUGCAGGGACUCGCUCCCUGGGACCAGGUCCUAGGCCCUCCCUUCCCCAGACCGCAGAGCUGAGGACACACCGGUCCCUUCUGUGAUGAGAAGACAAGCCAACAUCGGGUGGGCAAGUGCAGCCCGCCAGCCCCCCACCUACUAACCCUGCCCCCACCACAGCUGCUGCGGAGCGGCCAGGCACAGCCCCUCACGGGCGUGGAGACCAGGGCGUCCAGCAGGUGCAUCUCCUCACCUGAGGAUUCCCUGCUGAUGGUUGGAGAGGAAGGGAAGGGAGAGACAGACACAUGGACAUGACACACGGACUGGUUGCCUCUCACCUGCGCCCCAACCUGGGCCCCAAAUCAAACCUGCAACUGAAGUACGUGCCUCUGGCCAGACUCGAACCCAUGACCACCCAGUCUGUGGGCUGAAGCUCUAACUGCUGAGCCAAACCAGCCUUAAUUCACAUGUCGAGUCUGUUCCCCAUUUAGGACACAGGUCUGUCCUGGUCCCUACAGACUGAGGGCCCCCCACCCGGGGCUCCUGCUGGGCAGCCAGUUUUCCCGAGUUUCCUAACCCUGAGGCCACAGACCCCCUCAGAGGCCGGCGCUGGGACAGCCGUCACCCAUGUCCAGCUACUUCCUGCCACAUACUGUAUUUUCCAGGUUUUAAAACCGUUUAACUUGUGCCAGAGACAGAACUUUGCCGUAAGUCCCCUUAAGAAACCAAUUCCACAGAAGUAGGCCAUAGGCUGGGGCCACCCACCCGGGCCAGGCCCUCGGUCUGCGUGGCACCCCUGCUGCAGUGCAGUGCUCCCUAGAGUGAGUUGUCCGGCAACAGGCGCUGUUCUCCGCGGGAAUGAAGGUCACGGGCCACUGGCGCGGCCGGCCUGAGCAGCAGACCCCAGAAGAGGGGCCCAGGGCAGGCCGCCACCGGCCCCGAAAUCCUUGACUUACACUCGGCCAAGCGCACAGCUUCCCACCGCGCCGGGCCUGAGCCUGAGCGCUUCCGAGGGCGACAGUGUGAGGGGUGGGGCAGAAUCUGAACUGGCCUCCGCCAGCGGCUCCGUGGCUCAGAGCCCUGUCCUGGCACCAAAGGGUUGUGGGUUCAAUGGGGGGGGGGGGGGGGCGCGCGCAUACAGGAGGCAGCUCACAGCUGUCUCUCAGACAUUGAUGUAUUUCUCCCCCCUCCUCUCUCUAAAGUCAAAUGAAUGAACACGUGUCCUUGGGGGGAUUUUUUAAAAAGCAGGCAGAGCUCAAGCCCAGAAACGCGGUAACACCUGAAGUCAGACACCCCAAGGCAGAUGGGGAGCUGCUCGGCCGCAGUCUGCACCCGACUGAGAACGGACGGUGCACAGCUCCGCGCCCGCCCCAGCCCUGCCUCGCUCUGCCCACCCUGUGCCUGGGCAGAGGUCCCCACGGGCGCCUCUGGAUAAAGACUCCGUGAGAAGGGCACACCGUCUUUAAUAAAGUUUGAAUUAAAAAGUCA